AUGCGUAUCUUCUUUAUGUUUCCAUCCGUCUUACUCGUGUUUCUUUUUGUUGUUAACACUACUGCUUUACGGGAUAGUAAUACCAAAUUUAAAUUAUGCUGCUCGAAGCACAAGAACGCUGAUAGAAUCUGCAAACAAAAAUUUUGCGACUUCUCGUCUUUGGCUGCGGAUAAUGUAAGAUUGAGAAAAAUUACUUUUAAUUACUGUACUAUUAUUUUUUAUAGGUCUUGUUCUUCCUCAACUCCUGCACUCCAAAGGGAAAUACAGUGCCUGAUAUGUGGGCAUGUGCAACAUCAAAAGCAGAUCACACGGAGUGUUGCAAGAAAAAGUAAGCUUCCCCAAUACAGUUUGAACUCUUUUUAGAGGUGUUCUCUCACAAUGCCUACCGUACUGUAACUACAAAACCACGCCAAAUGAUUAUUUGAAGCACAUUUUCUGUCUUCAGAACUUCAAUCCCAUCAAAGACUGUUUUCGAUCUCAUCUAAAUGAUCAUCCCAACAUUUUUGGAGAUGAAUAA